UUCAGCUCGUUGGAUCUCGCAGAGAGAGAGAGAGAGAGAGAGAGAUGAAGAGGAGAUGGCUGAGUAGCUACGGCGUUGCGGCGGCGGUGGUGGUUGUGGUCUUGUUGGCCGCCUUGAGUAUAGGUACAUCAGCGGAGCAACUGAGCACAAGAGAAUGCGAGAAUCUUGGAUUCUCCGGUCUCGCUCUGUGCUCCGAUUGCAAGACUUUCUCCGAGUACGUCAAAGACAAAGAGCUGGUAUCGGAUUGUUACAAGUGUUGCACGGAAGAUUCCAAUGAUGCCACUGCCAAGGUUGCAUACUCUGGAGCCAUUUUGGAAGUUUGCAUGAGGAAGCUUGUUUUCUAUCCUGAAGUUGUUGGCUUCAUUGAAGAGGAGAAGGAUAAAUUUCCAACCGUCAAAGUUCAAUAUGUUUUUAAUUCCCCACCAAAGCUAAUCAUGCUGGAUCAUGCAGGUGAUCAGAAAGAAACAAUCAGAAUCGAUAAUUGGAAACGCGAUCAUAUACUGCAGUUCAUGCGAGAGAAGGUGAAGCCUGUGGCGGCUAAUUGAGAAGCUAUUACCCAUUUACCCGUUAUCAGCUACGCCACGUUCUUCAUUUUAAUUCUCGUUAUGUAUGUCUUAACUCCGUUCAAAAUUUGACCAAAAACAGAGUGAGAGUAUAUAUGGUAAUCACUUGGGCAAAUCAAUUAAACUUUGGCAAGUGACCUGAAUGACCUAAGACAAUUGAUAGCAUAUUUAAACAUAUUUUAUCAACUUUAGUCUUGUAGUAUUUCGUUGGUGAAAAGUUUGUCUCGUUACUUGUUACUGU